UGCGCUCUCACCAUCCAAGACGAAAGGCGCACACGCCGGAGAGCAGCAGCUAUAUACCGGGGCUAAAAUUAGGGACGGAUAGUGCGUAUUUCCUCCGCUUCUUACAAUUGGUCCAGCUUCUACUACCGUGAUAUUUAUAAGAUCUUAAGGUCUUCCACCACUCAUACUUGCUGCAUGAGUGUGAAACAGAGAGUGUGAAAGCAGAAACCGAGUUGUUGUGCACAACAACAAGUUUCUUGGAGGGACUGCAACUGGUCCCCGAUCUUGAAAGUUUUUAUUUUACUGUGGAAAUUGUCCCAGCAGGAAAUGGCUUUAAGUGGAACAAUUUUACCAUCUAUUUCCACAUUUUCGGCACAGAAGGAAAAAUGCUGGGAAAACAGGUGGAAGGAUGAACUGGACAGGUCCAUGCAUCUCAGCUGCACAGCUGACAUAUCAAACAUGGACAACCUCAGCAGAACAACAGAUGAUGAAGAGCUCGAUAAAUAUCUGGAUCUGGAGUUUAUUCUGGCCAACACUGCAGGUUCUGAUCAUCUCGGGCUUGGAAUGGGAGGCGACUACAGAAUGCAAGAAUCCAGAAACAUGUAUAAUCCGACGGUGGCCCCUACCACAUACCCAGUGCCCGACAUCAACCCGUCACCUCCACCGUAUACCACUAGCCUCAUGGCAGAGCUUCUGCAGUCUGACGUAGACUCCUACUGCCAACCGUCUCUGCCCAACAACAUCCAGGGAAGAUUCCUAAUCAGGUCUAACUUCCCCAGUCAGGACAUUUCGGAGUGUAUCAAAGUGGAGCCCUGCAUGGACAGUUAUGGACCCGUAAGAGGAAUGGUUCCCAAAGUCAAACAGGAGGGCAACGGUGCAUGCAUGAGGUCAUACGAGCAGCCAAGACUGGCCAACUCGCCGCAGGGAGCAGGCAGCAUGACUCCGCCGCAGAGCCCUGCGGAGCUCAUCAACACAGACUGUCAGUCACAGAUGUGCCAUGCCAUGACCUUCACACAAAGUUACCAAGGCAACACGGGGUUUCCCCAUGCUGCACCUCCACAGAUGCAGCUGCCGUACCAAAACGCGCAUCACUUCAGCAUGUGCGACGACAGACUCGGGAUGCCCACCGCCAACCAACGAGUACUUCUGACACCACCCUCAUCUCCUCUGGAGAUGGACGCCAAACCAAAGAGGGGACGACGCACCUGGCCGAGGAAACGGACGGCGACUCACACUUGCACUUUUUCUGGAUGUGGCAAAACCUACACAAAAAGUUCUCACUUGAAGGCGCACCACAGAACGCAUACAGGCGAGAAGCCUUACCAUUGCAGUUGGGAAGGUUGUGGAUGGAAGUUUGCCCGUUCUGAUGAACUGACCCGUCACUUCCGUAAGCACACCGGACACCGACCCUUCCAGUGCCACCUAUGCGAGCGCGCCUUCUCCCGGUCCGACCAUCUCGCCCUCCACAUGAAACGCCAUAUGUAGGAACAGACUCUGAAUAUUUGGACUAAACGCACUGAACAAUGAACAUCUCAGAUGUUCAAAGCAAGCAUUUUGUCUGUACCCCCUAUUUAAAGUAGGACAUAGUCAACAUGAUAAAGAGGAAACAUGAACUGACUUGACUUUUGCAUUGUAGCUGGUUCUACACUUCAUCUCUUUACAGAUUUUUUUUUUUUUUAAAGAAACUAAAUAUAUUUUCCAAAAAGAGCUUUACAAAUGCCAAAAAGUUCAGCUCAUGCUAGGCUGGACCUAAACCUCAAGACGGAACUGGAAUCAGACAGUAAAAUGUGUUUAUGUUAACAUGAUGUGCUAUGGACAUCGCGACAGUGCCUUUUAAUGCAUGUAUACAUCUCACGAGUGCCAUAAAUACUCUUGGCAUUUUUUUCAAAAAUGUAUGCUAUUGUUUCAAGAAACUAAAUAAGCUUUAUAAGACAAUGUUUUUCUCUUUCAAAACUGCCUUAAAAGAUAACAAAAGGGCGUUAACUGAAUGUUUGAAGUAAUUUGUGCAUUUAUCGACAUAAACAUUUAAAAAAUCAGGGUCUUAUGGGUUUGUUUUGUUUCUUUUUUUCUAACGUAUUUGUACAAUUUGUAUGCUAAGGUGAAUUGCAGACUGUCCCAUGUUCGGAUGACAUGAUAAGGGCUAUGUGAGUUGUUCUGGACCAAACAUUUUAUGUACAUAAUUUAUACACUGUAAAUAGUGUACUUAAUGUACAUAUUAAACUUGAUUGAGAUAUAAA